GCUAAAUCUACUGUAUUAAUAAGAUGCGUGUAACCCCCCUCCCCUCCCCAGCUAUAUGGCUCAGAAUCACCUCAAACACCAACAAACAGAGUUAGGAGUGGGCGGACUGAGAGGGUUUUUUCAGCCUGGAUUGAGUUGGAUAAUGGGAAUAUUUCCGUCGUGUUGUUGGAGAGAGUCUGCAUGGUCCUGUGGCAGGAGCACGGUCGCCAUCUCUGGGUAAACAGUGUAACCGAAUCACGCAGUUGAUAUUGUGUAGUGUGUGCUCAGAGCCGGAGAGCGUACAGUAGCAGCAGCAGCAGCGGCAGCAGCAGCAGCAGGCGGGGUGCUAUGCUGCCUGCAACAACCACAGCGGACACACAAGACUCCAAUGCAGGACUGGCGCUUUGUUUGUCUCCUGCACAUCCUCGGAUUGACACCUCUUUGCUUCUAUUCCGUCUUUUUUGUAAGCUCCGGGGGAAUGGGACUGCAUGCUUCGAAUAAAAUGGGGUUUUAAUGGUGCACGCAGCGGACGCUCUGCUAGCCUGUGCACAGCCCGGGGACUGUAGUACGCUCGGUAAUGUUUGCCAAGGAAUAAAACGGUGUAGCCGAAGGUGCAGAACAUCCCGUUUCCAUGGACAACACGUCCAUAAUAACACAGGUUGCAAAUCCGAAAGAGGAGGAGAGCAUUUCUUCAAGUCAAGAUAAAGGUAAGACCUAAAGAAUUUAUCGCUAUUCUAAUAUUGAGCGACAUGAAUUUGAUGUCCAGAGGUGGAUUAUUUAUAUUGUUCAGCUGCCAAAUUUAAUCUGCAGUCUCCAAGGAUGCUGGAUCUAUGCUAACCCAUACUGUAUCGACGGAAAACCUCCAUUGUUUAGCUAAAGCAGAAAAACAUUAAGAGGCAGCAGAGCCCCCUCAGCCAACCUGUCAACAUAUAUCAUAUCAUGUUCAUGGUGCAAUUUCACUUUAUCGUCAGCUGCUUUGUCGUCCUGAUAUCAAGCUUAAAUCUGAAAUAUUACAAAAUUUGCAUCUUAAGAUGUGAUAUUUUUAACCUAAAGCUUUGUGAGGUGAGCUGGGUUUACUACAGGGGGCGGGUACUCUAACGUUACUCCUCUUCUCUUGCACUGGCGACAUCCCUGAACGCAUCACUGACACUGGGAAAUGCAUGAUGGACUCACAACAACGAAUACCAUCACUGAUAAGGGAUAAAAUACAGUGUUUGGGUUUGGUACUUGAAGAAAAAAUACAAUUACUUAAGUGUGAACAUAUCAGUGUUCACACUGCUUUUCUGAGCCUCAAAACAAUCUUUUUAGCACAUAUUCCUCAUUUCAGAUUAAAAACACCUAUAUUCCAGCUUUGGAAAUGUUAAAUUGUGCCUCUUUACAGUUAGAAGUCAAAACACUUAAAAUAUUUCAACUCCCAUGUACACUCCUUGAUAAAAAUAAUCAGCAUUGACACAAGAUAUGUCAAUAAAAUGAAAAAUUCUCCUCCAGAUAUGUAAAAACUGCUUGAAAACAGCAGUUUCAGCAGCUGCUCCACAGAUUACAGUGCAGGCUGAGCGAAAACACAUUUCCCCUCUGUUGUUUCGUCCUCACUUCACCAUGUGGUGGUGAUGACAUCAACAGCAAAUCCCCUCCUCAUGAACCGGGAGCUUUCCAGUUUUCAUUAACACGGAGGGAGAGGUUUUCGUCACUUACUCUUACGUGAUUGAGUCCAUGUUGCGUUUGUGAAAUCCACACAAGAAAAUGGGGCCAUGCAGUGCUGCGUGCUGCAACGUGGGAUAUGCUGAUGCUCAUGGGAGGCCUCAACAGGAGGGUAGGACCCCUGUGUUCUUUCACCAGAACCCCUCUCGCAGAACCACAGGGUGCCUGGAGGCCACAGGGACCAUGACUUCCUGUUACACUCUGUGCUCUUUUGGAGGAAAGGUCACCUUCCUGCAUCACCCUCUGCUGAACAACACUGACAUUCAUGGACCCCUAUGAGAGGGUGACCAGCGACAUGAAGAUCAGGACUAGUUUCCUUUGAUUUGCGAUUAUUGAGUUGCUUUUAUUGCAUCUUUAUGCUUGAAAUUACCCCAGAUCAAUUCACAACCACAUGUUUUUGAUUACUCAUAUCUUUUUGUGCCGCCUUCAUAAUCAAAACCAUCAAAAACUAAUCAUUGAAAACCAACACAAACAGCAAGCUCUUGGCCUAAUUACUGAGAAAUAGUUGCGCUCAGGAAAUUGUUCUUAGCACAUGUUUUAAUCCCUCACACAGGAUUCCCACACUUUCUUGCCCUGCUAGUCUUGUACAGUAAAUCCCAGUUGACAUGUGGUAUCCAGCAAUCAAUCUGCCAGGAUGAAACCCGGGGUCAUUUGCUGUCCAGAGAGUACACACACACACACACACACACACACACACACUCACACAAAUAGACACAGUGAGGCUCCUCAAACGGCUGCUGUGACACACAGAAUCAACAGGGAGCUUCCUGAAUGGAGCCCCUGCCCUUCACUGCCGCCUUUGUCAAAGCAGACAGACAACAAACAGCGCUUGUUGUCCAGCAAGGCUACUCUCUCUGACCUGCUCAGGCAGCACUAAGGCCAUAGAUGAUCACACACACACACACACACACACACACACACACACACACACACACACACACACACACACACACACACACACACACAAGUGCUGAAUAUUUCAGAGCACUGGCAGGCUAUUUUCAGAGUCCUAUCAGUUUCAUUCCAAGCAAAGGCGUAGUAACUCAUUAGUUUUUUUUAGACAUUUGGUCAGGUUGAGAUUAUCCCUUUAUGCAUUAUGGAUUAUGUUAAAUGAGGUGAGUGCUGGAAUCAUAAUGUGGGAGGUUUAUUCCUUCAGAUAGAGUAUAUGUAGAAGAACAACGUCAAUAAUGUCACACUUCUUGAGGCUAUAAGACUGUUUGUUGUGUAAUAUUCUCAUUUUUCUUGUGUUGAAUUUGUAAUAUUUGAUUUAUUCAGGACCAGAUAUUUCCCAGAAACAGGAGCAGAAGUGCUCAGAAGAGGCUGAGAGAACAGCUUUUCUUUUCUUCUCUCCAAACCCAAAUUAGGCUUUUCAUUUGGCAGCCGUUUUCAAGGACUGAUGCAAUGAAAUGUAACUACCAGACCAACAGAGCUCGGGGAGUCACAGGCCGGCCAGCCUUGGUCUCACCAGGCGAAUCAUUGAAGCUUUGUUUUGAGAACUUCACGGUCCGUCAGGUAUCAAUGGCUGAGCUGUUUACUUUAAUCAGAUUAGCUCAAAUCUUGGUUUAGCUCUUCAACGCUGGACUGAGAGUGAUGACAGACACUCAGGUAAAUCUGCAGUUUAAACAGUACCAAGUCUUCGUUAAACAACAUUACCUUAAUGGUGUUUCCCAUUCGGACACCUUUUUAAAUUGCUUUUGUGCCUUUUCAGCUGUCAGUCAGAAAUGAAACUUUGUGUUUAGUUCUUUUAAUUCAUGCUUGACAGCCAAUUAUUUUCUGAGUAAUUCGUGCACUUGCCCUUCCACUAAGACAGUUAAUGCAUCUGCAGGAGCAGUGGCACACUGUGCUUUAUUUUAAUGAGUAAUCUCUGCGAAAUAUUGCCAGAACAUAAUAAUCUAGACACAAACUACAUUUAAUAAGCAUAUUUUCAUCUUCGAUUUAUUGUUUACGAGAGGAUUUGUCUCUUCUGAUUUCUUUGUGGUCAAGAAUUACCAUAAACCCCAAUGUUUUACCGCAGAGGGCUUCAGGGUGGCAGGGCCCAGGCUUGGAGAUAAGGUCAGAAGCUCAGAGGGAGCUCCAAGUACAGCUGUUGCUCCUUCAAAUCAAAAGGGGCCAGUUGAGGUUCAGGUAUUCAAUCAGGUUGCCUCCUGGACACCUCCCUCCAGAGGUUUUUUAGAAGCACUCAACUAGGGGGGACACCCUGGGGCAGACCUAGAGCUUGCUGGAGGGAUUAUAUAUCCCAUCUGGCCUGGGACCAUCUUAGGAGCUCUCAGGAGGAGCUGGAAAAUGUUGCUAGAGAGAGGGAUGUCUGGGUUAACUUGCUUAGUCUGCUGCCACGUGGUCUGUCCUGGAUAAGUGAAAGAAUAUGGAUGAUAUGAUGAGUUUCAUUGUUUGUUUUUUUUUAGAAAAAGACAAAAACACCUGGGCAUUGGGGCUUUCAAAUAAGAGGGUACAUUGAACAUUUGUUGGGGACUAUUUUCAGUUGCGGAUAAAACACGUGAUGUUUCAACAGCAGGCUGUAAGUUUAAAGACAAUUUAAGUCACAUUCACAUUCUUUGUUUUUUUUCUUUUCAUGUUGGACAAAUCACGUGUCUUACUAUGACACAUGUGGACAAAUAAGCUGCCUGUUUUUCCUCUGCUGCAGUAAUGAACAGUAUUUUCCCCCAGAGCUGUAGAAAAAAAAAAAACAGCAUCAAAAAAAGAUCACUCAGUCGAGAGCUACAACAGACAAAAUAAGAUUAUUAUUGACAUGGUUUCUGACCACGAUAGCGUACUCUGAAUUCUUCUCGGCAGAAAUACCAUUCUGUGCUGUCAUCGCACAAACAGAAGCUAUAAGUCUAGACAGUUGAAACACUAAAUUGAGAGUCCAUUAACUCUAAUUCUUUAAAAGAAACUGGUCUAGGUACUUUGUCCUACUACAUGCGGGUGUCUGUUACAGCCAUGAUAUAUAUAACUUCAGUGGAAGCAUUGGCAACGUGGAGCAGCAGACGCUUGGAUUUAUUCUAAUACCAUGUUGAAAUAUCAUGAUUCCCUUGAAGGCCUGUUGGUUAGAAAAUCUUUGCAUAGCCAGAGAGAAAAUGAAAAAAUAAUACUGAAGCUGUAAUUAUUUAUUAAUCUGGAGAAAGGCCCUGAGAUUUUCAUGCACACUUGGCUUUUGAGGUUAUUCCUGGAACACGCUGCUGUGCAUUAAUAAAGUGUUUACGAUGUGUGGACCACACCUGCAGGGCUGUGUGCUGCACAGUGAGAGAGGGGAGCUACUGUGAGUUUUGGCAGCUCCAUAGUUUCUGGCACAACCUGCAACUCUGCUGUUUACAGCGCUGAGCUGUCAUGACCGGACUCAAGUGUUGGGUAGAGGAGGAUUAGGAUCUUUUACAUGGUCAUAGGUGGCGUAGAUUUCUCUGAUUUAUUUUAAGGAUGCAGUAUGUCAUUCUUGAAGCCCUCCAGCUCUCUCAGCAUUCACAUUGGAAGGCCAUGUGCGUACAGUCAAGUCAAUAUUGGGUGCACCAUUUUUGCUAAGAGGAAAGCGGGACUCUUUGAAGUGCAGGUCCUUAUUACAGAUUUAUGAGCCUAUUUCAGCCAGUGCAGCCCGAGAAAGCUGAUUAUCUGCACCUCCAGGGAUGAGUUGGAGUGUUAGACACAUCUUCAUUACUUUAGUCCAAUGCCAUAUUGGGCAGCUAAAUGGGAAGAGUUGAAUGUUUUUCAUCCACGCCUAAGCUCCUUGACUGAUAAGCUUGUUAAGUAUUUGUGCGGGAUCGGCCCCUGUCUCAGGGAACAUGCCUGAGGGGGAAAUCUGAGCGUUGUAUUAAUUACAUAUUCAGUCCCACAACAGGCAACGUUGUUUUUUUACAGCUAAGAGUAGCAAAAAAUGUGUAUUGUAGGGUAGGGAGAAAAAAUCAAUACAGCAUAGUAUCGCGAUAUUUUGUCUGGUGAUAUAUGUCGUAUCGUCUCAUUUGCCAAGUAUCGAUUUUUCAAAUAAAUUGCUAAUAUAAAGUCAAACCAGUGAUAAUGGAAAAAAUAAAAUCAACUGUUUGUCAAGUGAGGUUGGCAGAGGUGACGUCACAGGGAUUGACACUCACAAGGAGCACAUGUGCUCCUAAGUUAAAAAACUAAGGAGCACACAAAGAACUUUAGGAGCACAAUGAAAAUUGAUCAAAUAACAUUUGUUUUAUUGGUUGGCAUAAGAACUAUUAUUUGAAAUCAAUUUUAGGUCUUUUGGUUACAUGACAUGGAAGCUAUUGAAGGUAAACAGCCUUUUUGAGAACAUCAACUGGUAAUUUAUUGAUGGUCCCUUAAUCAACACCUGACGUUGACAGCGAGGGUGCUGAGUAGAUUUAGAGUAGAUGGAGAGUGAGAAGACACCGGUAGAUCAGCAGUGAAUGUCCGUCGAAUAUCCAACCUAAAACCAACUUCAUCGCGGUAGUUACAUGAAAAAAACAUUUGUUGCCUUCGGCUGAUCUUUUCUAUGCGCACAUGUGCCCCUAAAUAUAUUUUACAAUUCGCACACAUCUUUUUUUAGUCGCAAAUGCGAGUGAAACGGACACACUGUCAAGCCCUGAAUCACAGAGCAGGAGAAAGUCAGUACAACAAAUAUAUAGAAGGUUUGUAAUAAAUACAGCUUAAAUAAGACAAACAUAAAGGAAAGCCGAAUGCUAAAUUAGCUAAAAAAUAGAACAUUUUUUAUAAAUCGCAAUGUAUCGUAUCACAAUACUCACUGUGUUGCAAAAUGUUUAAAAUCGCAACAAUAUUGUAUCGUGGCCCAAGUAUCGUGAUAAUAUUGUAUCGUGUUGCUGCAGUGAUAGAAUUGACAGCUCUAACUUUAAUAACGCUCAGUCCUUUUAAACAGUCACCAUAAUGUUGUUAAACUAUUGUGGUUAAAGUGUUAGGAUGUUCCUCACCAUAGUGGUCACUAGUUCGACUCUCAGCCAUGACUAUAGCUGCCUGUCUCUCCUCACGCUAUUCAACAUGUUUCCUGUGUCUCUACAGUAAAAAGAAAAUGCCCCAAAAAGUGUUUUUUAAGGGUAGUUGAUAUUUGUCUGCUAUUUGUCUCAAUAGGAUGUGGUGUUGUCUCUGAAAGUCUCUAAAAGCCUGGAUUAAUACGGGCUAAAGGAAUAUCUUAAAGCUAGCUUGAGCUGGAUGCUGCCGGCUUCUGCUCUUCUUCUAAGCACUUUCUCAGUCGUGGACUCUGAUCAUGACAACAUGUAGGAUUGUGGAUUGUUUUGAUUAAGUGUCUUAAAAGCUGACUGAGUGUUUUCAGAGUCAGGGGGUGGUAAUUUCUCUUAACACUGAAUGCAUUAGGACGACAUCAAAUUUUCACAUUUGCUCAUAAUAAAGACUCAUACUAGAAAUCAGCAAAGUGGCCCUUAAUUAGGAGGAGGCAGCUUGGAGAUCUAUGGAUUGUGAGACACAGUGAUGGAGAUGCAAUAGUGCUGCAAUCCGUCCUCAAAGAGGCCACAGGGGAAAAAAGUGUGGGUUGACUUUCUUCACUCCUACACUGGCUGCCUGUGAGUACUUCAGUCAGAAUGCAGAUUUAACUGGGAAACGGAGAGAAAAGAGUUCACAUCACUGCUGCUCUCGGAUUCGUAUGCUGGCUCUGGUUUACAAAAGAGCUUCAUCAUACUUUUACUUGUUGUUGAAUCUUGUAGCAUUGAUGUGCUGCCAGUUUGUGUCCCUAUAGAGCCCUAAGAUUGAAAGACGCUCUCAGUCUGAGUAGAGGACAGUUCAUCUGAAAGCUGCACAUGCUUUUAUUUAGAGAGUGGAUGUGAUUGGAUUUUGGAUUUUGCUUCUUGUCAACAAAUUCCAAAGAUAGACCAAAAUAAUGAUGAACGUCUGAGUAGAGAAGCUAGAUUUUUGUAGCACAUUUUGACUUGACUGUCACUGCAGACCUCCAUGACUAUCGGUUUAUCUUUUUUGCAUCUUUAAAAGCAACCAAAGACAGACAGAAUAGGAAAAGUAUUUCAUUUUUAGAGGACAAAAUCCACAGAUUAACAGAAGCCUUGUGGUCUCUCUGGGUAUGGGUGUCUGCGUAAUAUUUGUCUGCUUUCGGUUAAGUUUUUGUCAUCUUUUUGGUUGAUUCUUCAGCUCAGCUUGGUGGGUAGACCCUUUGGAUGGUGUGUUUGACAGCUUUGUGGGUAAUUUUUAUAUUUGAAUUUUGCCUCAAGUGUGGCUCAUAUGGUAUGGUUGCUUGUUUUGGAGCAAAACUACUUCAAAAUGUCUACUUUGGGUUUGAAGAGGGUAUUGCAGUAGGAUUUUAAGUGGAUUCUUUAUGAAAUGCUGAGUCGACCUCCAUUGUGAGCAGUGAUUGGUUGCGACAGCACUAUAAUAAUGUAGUUUAUAUUGAUUUGAAUGAAAAAAUAUGCAUUGUAAUGCCAGAUAACAGAGGGACUCCAUCCAUACUAAGCUGCUUUUGUGCAUCUCCAACUUUCGGACUAAUUGACUGCUGCUGUCAAUGUUUUUCGGGAUCAAACUAACUGGAGACAAUCGAGUGACAGUCGAGUUCCUCUGUGCAGCUUGUCUUGUCAUGCUUCAAUUUAAGCAGCAUUGUUGUGGGAGUAAAUCAUCAUUCUUUCUUUCCCCUGUAUAUCUGAACACGUCAGCAUUAAGUGUCUGUGAGAGUGAAGUUGAUUAAUGCUCCAAAAGAGGAGCAAAAGUUGCCCCUCUGGAUGUGUCUUCGAAAUAAACAGCAACAUUUCUUGGUUCAUUACACCCCCUACGGUAGCACCUGUUCAGUCGAGAUGACUCUGAGUUUCACUGUAAAUAGUCACACAGAGGCACCUGCUGACUUCAGAGGUCUGAACCUGAUGAAACAACGAUUCAUAGGUAAUUGACUUGCAAUUAACGAGUUUGAAGUUUGCUGGAAUGAAAUAUUAUGCUGUAGAUUUGAAAUAACGUGAAUUUUGUCAAAAUGUAAAUGGAGAUGACGCUUUCAACAGCUGCCUGAAUACAGCUUUAAAGCCUGAUUUACAACAGGCCACAAGCCUGGAUUAAUUGAGCGUCUUCUCUGCUGAAUGAAUGUUGUCAUAACAGAUCAAUACAGACAAGAAAGACGGGGGUCAAGCAAGAAAGAACGGACGUGUGUUUGUGUCAGGAAGAGCAUCUGUGGGCAUCCCAGACUGGCUCAGACAAGGCGAUGGCCUUUCUGCAUAUUUUGCCAUCCUCUGGCUGGCAUUCAUCACCAGUAAUUGGCUUUCUAAAAGGGAGAUCAUGUUUUGUCUGUAAUGAUUUUCCGUCAUCUCCACUGAUUCAUGCUGCAUACCACUCUGUGUGAUAUUUGACAAGAGAGCAUAAAAGGUCUUAACAGUUUUAAUGAGCGAGGGAUGAGCAAAUACACAAGUUUAGAGGAUACAAAAGACACAAAGAGGAUUUUUCUGUCUCUCUAGAGGUAAAGGUGAUUACUGUUUGACUGAGGAUCUCUAAGUAGGACAUGAUGUGUAUGGAAACAGAGAGAUGAACGACUCUCAGAGGGCAGAGGCGUGGGAAACUGCAACAGGAAUACGUUUACCCAUCACAUGCACAAAAUUACCCACUUGUUAACAUCUGUUCUGUUCAUAGCAGGCAUUAUUUUAAUGAAUGCGAUUUACUGAAAAACAUGCGCACACUUUAAUUAAUUUACUCCUGAGAUAGUCAUACUUGUUUUUGAAAGAUAGUUGUAUAAUUUCUUUUGGCUCUAAAGCAAAACAUAACAGACUGAGGGAGCGGUCUUGAAGACAUGUUGGACAAGCUGAUAAUUACGCCUGUAAAAUAACGACAGUGACGUAGAGUGGUGCACCUACUUUAAUAUAUUUAUUUGAUAUAGGGAUUCAGCUCUCUUCUUGUGGAAGAUGACAGCUGGAGUACAGAUAAAAGUUAAUGUGUUUUUGAUUGAUGUAAUCUAUUGUGGAAAAUUCACUGCUGCACACAGCGAGUCAAACUCUCCACUCCUCAUCCUCUUCCAAGUUAUCCUAUCUUUAGAAAUGAUGUGCCAUAAUAACCCGUAUUCAAGGAGGACUUUAAACCCACUCAGGGCUUGGUGUAAGAUUUAAAUUGUUACUUAAGCUCAUGUUGAAACUAUCUAAUUUGGUACAACCCAAAAACAAUAAUAAUACUAAUAAUGAUAAUUGUAUUUAUAUAGCACUUUUAAAAACAAGAGUUUACAAAGUGCUUUAACAUGCAGUAAAACAAAGUCACAUUACUGGCAAAAAAUAAAAUAAAAAUUGGUUGAAGACCUAAAAGCUUUGAUGAGUGUCACAUGAGCUGAGACGUCAUUAAAAAGAAGACAUUAAAACAAAGACAUUAUGAGAACCCGUGAUACCCAGCCAACACAGGAACCCAAUCACAAAAACCUGAGACCAAUGGGACGAUUAUAAAACAUGAAUAAGAAGAGUAAAGGGUUUUAAAGAAGACAAAAUCACAUAAAAGCAAUUUUAAGACGUGGUAAACUCCAUCCUAAAUCAGAAAUGAUAUAAAAACUAGGCAAAGUUUGAACAGCUUGACUCAAAUUUAAAGCAUAAAGUACAAAUGUCUCCACUUCGGCUGCUUUGAUUUUGACCAAUUUUUACAAAGCGACUCUUAAAAGUUCUAAAAUUAACCUGAAGAUCAACACUAAGUGGUUGGAGUUCCCCUUUAAAUUCUUCCCUCACUCCUCACUGGAUCAGGUUCCGGGAUCGGUGUCACAUACGCACCUCUUGGUUCACUAAGUGAAUGAGCAUGUUCAUAUCUAAGAGAAGCUUAAAGACUGAAUGCCUUUAAUUUAUUUGACAGUAAUUUGACUAACUUGUUUUACCAACAGUCAGGCAAAAAUGGAUUUCCCAUCAGUCAGUGAGCCUCUGGCAGUCAGCGCGCAGUUGUAGAUGAGAAUAUAAAAAGAUAUAUAAAUAAUGAAGCCCUAAACAACGUGGGUUGCACUGCUGCUGGUUGCGUAACUCUUGCAGAAUAGUCAGAUCUCCCUCAUUAUUUCUCCCUGAGCUCUCUGUGGGUUAAUUCCCCCACGCUUGUCAUCUCCUUCAUUUCAAGAAGCAGCGGCAGCAGCAGAAGCAGCACUCGUCCCCGGGGGCCUUCAGGCAGGCUGGCACCGCCACCACAGUGCCUACGCCGCCAUACAGCUGAGACAGAAAAGCAGGGCAAACCCACCCACAUCUCUGUGUCAGGGUUCACAGCGGCAGCAGGAGAAUUAGUACCUUAAACAACCAGGGAACAAACUGAGAAAUGCAUUUAUUGACUUGUUCUAUUAAAACUGGGUUACUGAGCGAAUGUCAGUUAUAUAAGGUCAUGUAGGAUGCAUAUGUUUAUAUAAAUCCACCAGAAUAAGGAGGGAAAUAAAGCUACAAAGGCAGCUGAGGGUUGGCCACAGUGACUAAAGGCAUCUGUUUGCGCCGAGUUCACCUCCACAGGCUGUAAUUUUCACCCGAGGCUCAGCUGUCUGUGUGGGGAAGUAAGGAGGCUUAAUGGGAGUUUAUUUUAUCAUACUGUGCUAUUAUUGCCUUAAUGGCCUCACACAUAACCCACCAAGGACCGCGGCACGGCGAACACACGCAGCCUGAACUGUCGGGCUCAGCUCAUCUGACGCUUCCUGACUCCACUCAGCUGUUACGAUCUGCUUGAUGUGUGUGUUUGUGUGUGUGUGUAAGUAGACACAUGUGGAGUUCUAGUGUGAAGCAGAUGCUCUUUGGUGUAUUUUGGCAGCAGAUCUUUUGUUAUUGUUCUCUCUCAUGGUGGGAUUUUCUCUGGUGUGGGAACAAUAAAUAAUUUUGGAUGAGUUUGGAUGAGUAGCAUACCAAAUUUCAUGGCUAACUUAUUCAGUAGAUGUUUGAUCGCCGCAGCUAUCAUGGCUAACACUUGGUAUCCCCGGGUUUCUGCUGCUCCAGUGUUAAAGGGAUGUUCCGGCGUAAAAUUAAUUAAGGGUCAAACACACCGUAACACCGAGUUAGACACCCCCUCAAGAGAUGAAUGUUGCAGACCGCUUGCUUCUCCAGUUAUACCAACCUUAGGAUAGCAAUACACAGCGGUCUCAAGGAGCCAUCAACAAACCUCAACCAAAACGCCACUCUAUAACCACAAAUAAUGCUCAGAACAGCACCUAACUUCAUCAACAAUACAUAUAGGGUCCCAGCCACAGCACUAGACACCACAUAUCUUUUUAGCUUUGCCUGAUUUCUUUAGCAAAGAGACUAAACAAUACUCACCUGCUCUCUUCCAGCAGCCGUUUGUAGCGAGAUCUCAGGCCUGUCCAUUACGGACUACAGCGGGGUGACACAGCUCAAGGAAGAACAUUCAUCUCUCGAGGGGGUGUCUAACUCGGUGUUAGGGUGUGUUUGACCCUAAAUUAAUUUUACGCCGGAGUUUCCCUUUAAGACUGACUGCUUCUCUUGAGCUUGAAUGUCUGAACAUUUCAGGAUGUCACUCUGAACUCUUGUAGAUUGUGACAGGCUUUAUCUGCAUUUGUUUACACGUAUCAAACAAUGACAGGGUAAUUGAAAUAAGAUGAGAAGAUGAGAGACUGUCUCGAAGCUGUAAAAUUAAAAGUCUAAGUUUUCUGAAGAUUCGCCUCAUUCAGAAAUAAAAUACUAAGGGGGAUUCCUUCCAGUGUUUUUUGCUGACACAGUGCGGAGCGAGGACUUCCCCUUGCUGCUGAGCUGAGGACAGAAACAGCUUCCUCCUCAGGUGAAACCCUCUCUACCUUCAACUGUUGUCAACCAAAGACAUUAGACCAGAGUUUCCGAGCUAACCGUGGAUUACGUGUCUGUGUAUGUGGGUAUGUAGAGUCAUGCUCUUUAUUUUAGCUACGGCAGAACAAGUAUUUUAUCUGACGUGGUGUUAUAUAAGCUCCAGACAGCUGGUCCCACUUUUGAUGCAAACGCCCCACACUCAAAAAAUCUCAGCGAGGGGAGGAGGCGAAUAAUCUGUGAAAUCAUGCCAGCCGCCCGAGGCCAUGGCAGGGUUUCAGCAUGUCGUUUUUGACUGUUGCUGUCUCUGAGCCAUAAAAAGUUCUCACUGUGUCAUGAAGGAUUUUUUUGGCAGUCAUUCGGUAGCUUUGUAUAGCACAGAUAGCAUGAUAAUCCCUCUGGCUCCUGGCUGUUUUAUUUUAGUGUAUGUUAAGUACCCAACUGCGCCAUUCAAAACCAACCUGUUUUCCAUCUGAAUUAUUUAAGCCGCACGUUCACAUGGAUGGGUCUCACAUUCACCUUCAUGCCCCCCAGGUACUAUACACUUUACCUGCCUGGCUGGUCAACUAACUGCUGCAGCUAAUGGCAGCUGUCACUAUUAGUGUAAUAUAAAGAGGGACGGUUUUAAUGAAAUUAUAUCGCUGCCCCAUGUUAUGGCUUCUUUUGGUCAUAGUAAGUGCUUAGCAGGGACAGAAAGUUAAAGCUCUUGCCUACUUUGUUUUUAUAGUAGCAGUAGUGUUUUAUUCCCAGAUCUGAGUAUUUCAAUUUGGACGGUUUGAGUAACUGGAAAAACUAUCCAAUACUUCGAAACGAGGACUGGCGGCUUUCCUUGGAAGCAUGUGGCUUGAGAGUGUUGAGUGUCCUGACAUAAACCUUUGAGAGUCCUUUGUAAGGAGAGACGCGGCAGCUAAACUUAAACACGCUGUGGUAUUUUAAAUGUGGCAUGUUGUGUUUAGACUGCUCGCACAUUCUUUAUGUGCUACAGUAAAGGAGGCCACCUCAAAAUGUCUCAAGCUAAGCCAGGGAUCAUGUUCCCUCUCCGAGCUUGGCGUUACUCCUCGCUGCGGGUCACGGGGUGAUUAUCUCUUCCUGUCAGGAAUGCUGAGAAUUUCCUGCAUUUUCUGCCUCUUCCGCCCUUGUUAGCGGGUGCGCCCAAACAUGUGACAGAAAGCUUGAGCCCGGUCUGGCUCUGAUUGACUCAAUCCUUCUACAGUAUCUCUGUGGACUAGUGUUUGUGGAGGUGCAUCGACAGGCGAAGCCUUAGAGGACUGUCUUCAUGGCGGUCUCAUCAGAGGGAAAUGCUGGUCAAUGAAGAGUGCUCUGUAGGUAAACAGUGUGCACCUGCUCUAGAGAGGCUGCAGAUUCCUAUUAUCUCCCUCUCACUAUCAGGUGAGCUUUGUUUGAUUAAAAAAACACUUAAUUGCACCACUUUACUUAGUUUUUCAUAAAGCUUAUCACCAAUGACUAGAAAUGACAAGUCAACUAUUUUCAGACUGAUUCAUAUUCAUUAAUAAUAAACCUUAGAAACACUGCGAACUAUCCGACUUUUUCCGCCUGCUUUUAUCUCUGUGCAGGUCAGUCCUCCGGUUCACUUUGUAACCUAUGCUGUCGUUAUCACGGCUAAUAUCAGCGAGCUAACAGAAGACAGAAGAAAAAGUUUCAGUGUUGUGUCAGUCUGAGAAAUAUGCAGUUUGUUGAUCAUUUCACACAGGGCCCUCUGCAAAAACAUGCGAAUGUAUUCUGCGUGUGUGUGUGUGUGUGUGCGUGCAUGUGUGAGUGUGUGUUGUUUGUAUCAAAGAGAGAAAGGAAAGCUCUGUUUGUGUAGGGUGGUGGUGGUGCAGGAGGGGGUGGAGUAAGAAUCAGACCCAAGUAUAGGCUGUCUCACCACAGUAACUCUCCCCACCCAUUCGACGCCCUUCUCUCCCUUUUCCAAGCUCCCCUCUCUUUUCUAUCCCUCUCUCUUUCUCUCCCUCUUUCACUCUCACCUGCUUUUUUUCGGGGCAGCAAAACCAGGGCGGGAAAAUGUAGACGGUCUCAAAAUGGAGGAGCGAAGAAUGACAUCAAAGUGUUUGAGGCUGACUUUAGGCAGAGCGAGGGAAGACUCAGGGUCUCUCUGGGUGCCACUUCAUCAAAAAGUUUUUGAAUGACUUGUGAAACUUUUGAGUCGCAAAGGUUUUUCCAUCUGUAAUAGAGCAAAAAUGAAACACUUAAAUAAAAAUGAUAAAGGAAUAAUUUUCUAACACUAUAAACUUAGUUAAUUGAAACUGUUUCUGUCGAGUUAUUAAAUGCAAAAAGCAGGACUACAUUUAAUUCUGGUAAACCUGUGUUUUACAAGUUUUUUAAAUGACCGUUUGCGCCAUGAGGGUGAGAGAAAAAUAAAGCGUCAUUAGUAUUGACAGUUUUAUUCAAGAGCACUUUUGUAAAGUCAGUGAUUCAUUGAUAAAAACUGAUGAACCACCAAGUCUCUGAAAUUCAAUUGAACCAAACUCUAAAACGAAGACAGCCUGUUUGGAUUUCACAAAUUCAAUUUGACAUCAAAGUCAGUUUGAAUUGGUCCGACCGCACGACAGUUUUCCCUCAGUUCAUCUUAAAUGAGCUCCAGUCCAUAGAAGUCACCGCCAUGUUUGGAUCAUGAGGUUUCUUCUUUGCAUGGAACGGUUUUACUGCAACAGAAAAAAAAAAACUGUGGUAAGGGUCAGUGGUUUUUGGAAGGAUUUGGGGCCUAUGCAGUGAUUUCUACUGCAGAGUCAUGUCUGUUUACAGUGCAGCGCGGCCAUUUAUUUUCGCCUUGUCCCUUUUGUAGAGUCUCUUCAUUUUUUUUAAUUAAGAUGGUUGAUGAUGAAAUCACGGCAUUUUUUAUUAUUCUGAAAAUUAUUGAAAUUAUUCUGAAAUUGUCAAACUAUUUUCUGAGCAGUCUCUCACAGAGUAAUCAAACUCAAAUCCAUUUAUAUAAGAUUGUAAGGGACAAAGCAACCAGGCAAAUGACAAAGGUGAGGGAAAGAAGAUCUUGAUCCUUUAAGUUCACUCGAAAAAAAAAAAAAAAUAUAUAUAUAUAUCAAUAACAAAAUUUCCAACUUAUGUGGUAGAAAAUAAACAAAAUCUGGGCCCACACUAAAAGAGGCCAACUCAGCAAAAAAAGAACUAAAGUUACAACAAACAUUACCAAACAGACCUACUAAGUGAUACAUUUCGGAGGUUUAAAUAGGCAAAGGACCAGUCCAACAUAAACACAAGGUGAAAACUAAGGUGACUACAAACUAAACACCUAACAAACUUUAGAAAAACACCAUCAAAUUAUCCAAACCAACUAUUUACAAAAAAAAUACAGAUAUAUUCAAAUUGAAUCAUGAUGUAGAUAAUUAACCAUAUGACAAUUUGUUAACUAAAUUGUGUGCACCCAAAUUAGAAAACAACUGCCAUAAAAUGCAGUAAAAAUGAAUUUAUUUCAACAAAAAAUUUGUGUAAUGUGAUAUUUUUAAACUGAAACAAAUUUACUGUGUUAAAACCUAAAGACAAACAAAAACUAACACAAGAUGGUGGUUGAGGCCACCACAAAGAUAUACAUAAAACACAAAACAAUCAAAUCCUACAGUCUCUGUUUUUGCUAUGGUGUCUUUGCACCAUUUUCAAUUAUAUAAAGGGUUGAAAUUAUUUGCAAACUGUGGUAGAGUAUUAGGGCCAAAUUAAAUUAAAUAAUUUUAUAAUUGACAUUUUUUUAAAGUCAUUGUCUCACAAAAAGUACGUAAAAAAAAUGUAGUCGUCUUAUGUCAAAGUGAUGUUGUGACAUAAAAAUGAAAUCUUCAUGUUUUGAGAUAAAAGUCGUUAUAAAGUCAUAUGUUGGUUAACAAAAAGCAGCCAGCUUUUGUUUUAACUGGUUGUUUUAACUGAAAGAAAAUCUAGCUAACGGAAUUUAAUUUAAUUGAUUUCAACUUUACGUGAUGCAGUAUAUCAUUGUUACAAACAAACGCGUGACACCUAUGCUUUAAAUUAGGAUAUCGGAGCUUUAGCUGUUUCCAGUGCUUGUCCUGAGCUGGGCUGUUUCAUAAACUGAGUAAUAAAAUAUACAGCAGUGAGUAACAUGAAACUACAUGACACUACAGAUACAAAAAUAUCAUGUACAAUAUGUAAACACAACAUAAGGGCUAGAAACAAAAAUAAUGGGUAAUUUUAACGGUUAUUUAAUGGAGAAACAAAGCCAUUCAGUGUCAGCUAGCGUAAACUUUAAAAAGCUACAUCUAGUCAGUUUUUAUUGGACCCUUAUUUAACACUAUAUGCACCUAAAGGUUUAGUUUAGGGUUUUUUAUUCAUGUAAAUGGAGGGAAUUUUGGUGCAUAUUCCUAGUCUGUGUAUUUUUCUUGAGCUUUUGUACCGGCGCUGUGGUCAGAACAAAUCUUUCAACACCUCACAGGUUAAAGUAUCACAGCAUGUCACCUUCCUGUUCCCCCAUUUGUUCACUGUUUGUUUGCUGAGGUGUUACUCCUCGGGAGCAUCUAUCUGGAAGAGAGAGACUCAGCAAGCUAUGGACUACAAAGACAAAGAGUACAAAGAAGAAGAAGAAGAACCGCCCGCAGCCUGUCAGAUCCAGUCGGAGCUACUCGAGGACAGUUCCAGGCGUCAAUCUGAAGUCUCUCCGUACAGACUGCGAACAACCUCAGCAUGCAUGGCUAACUGGGCUGCCUGUGUCACACGGCUGUAUGAGCACGUUAACAAGACGCCGGAAAACUGUGUGACGGGCCGCUCCGAGGCAGGAAAAUGACUCCAGCGAAAGUCAGUUUCGUGGACACUUCAAAGUCCUGAACAGAUUUAAGAUUUCCAUGCCUGAAAAAAAAAAAUCACCUUUGAGGCAAUUAAACCAGAAGAAUUGCUACUUCAGGAACACCUCAGGAUAAUUUCACUGUCAGAUUUGAGCCUUUGUGCUGAAGCUGCCCAAAUUUUUCUAUUUAUAGCCCCUCGCCCUCACUGACACGAAAUGUAUAAUUCGUGAUAGAACAUUUACCCAGGCCUACAGACCAUGAGAGCCUGCUUUCUCCUCUGUCAGUAUGAAAGUAGGCCAUGGGCUUCAGAGACAGUGAAGGAGGAAUGAUGUAACCAGGGACCUACAUGUGUAUGUUGUUUUCUCUCCUGAGCUUUGCAGCACUCAGCCGCUGAUCAACCUUCCUGCCGAACAAAUAAAAUCUAGUUUUUAUUUCUCAGCAGAUCAAUCUUUACUUCUGUCGGUCCAAAUGCUUUCUCAAAGAGCCGGUCUGGACCAUACUCAGAUUUUACAAAGAUCCAGCAUCAAGACAAGAUUCAACAUCUGUCACUAAUAAGUACGCUCAAAUAGAAAUGUGUCAACUUCUCCACUGUUUCUGGAGUCUUCACUGGAUAUUUACUGUGAAAGUUCAUGUACUUCCUGCAUCUCAAUCUCACAUUUGUGAUACAAAUCUGUCUGUCUUCCUCUCUUUCUUCUGUCUUGAUGUUAAUUAAGUCGACUUCUUUCCCAGAGGGCAUGCUGAUGAUGGCUAUUUUUGUCCCAGCGCUCCUUACGGCAUGAACUUCUUUUUUUUACAACAUACAUCUUCACUCCUCUGUCACAAUGAUGUUUAAUGCGUGUUUUAAUCUCUCAGUACUUCGCUUUGAGAUGUUUUCAUGAAAGUGAAGGCUUCACUGAGGAGGCGGCAUCAGUGUAAAAUGGCUGUAAAAGAAAACUUGAUUUGAAGUUAGGAGGUCACUUAGUGUCCUCUUUGGAGGGAGUAGAAAUUAGAGAGUAACCAAGAACAUUUGCUGCCUUAUGUUAUGUUCCCUUUUCGUCGACAUUUGAAAGUGUCAGUUAAGUCAGUCAGCUCAUUUAAGAGCGAUUUGUGGUUUAAGUCCCUGUGAGGAACUUCCCUUUCAGAGUCAAAUGUAUCCCCAGUAAACAAAAUGCUGUUUUAAAGACAUUUAGCCUGAUACCUACCCAGCACUAGGAUUUUUCGGGAACAAAAAUAACUGUAUAGAAAUAGUCAGUGUGUGUACACUGAAAGCUUUGUUUGCGUCAGUGUUAAGGUCAGUUUAUUUUAUAACCAACCAAGAAUGCCUAACAGGAGCUUUAACUUCCUCUCACUGCAGAUUUUUAACCAUAUAUAUUAGUGUUAAUUUGCAUGGAAUAAUAGUUUAAUGCUGCGUUCCAGUUACCUUGUAAGUCGGAUUUCGGAGCUGGGAAUGACGUUACACCCGAGUUGAUGGCGUUCCAGUUAACAAGUUGGAAAACCAAGAUGGACACCUACAGUUAGCCGUUGUCAGCUGUUGUUUACAGUUGACAGCUGUUGUUAGCCUUUGUCAGUUGUUGUUAGUGGUUGUUAGCGAUACCAGUUGUAAACAACGCAUAACACAGGAUUUUACUGUUACAAACACCAUAGCACCAUGCUCACGGUUAGUCGUUUGGCAGUACAACAUAUACCGCUUAUGUAAUUUCACAAAAACAAAACAGAAGUGCUAAUACAUUUUACAUUACGAGAGCUUUCAUUGAUACUCUUUACUGUCGAUGCGCUGCGCUGCCAUCUUGGAUUAUGACAUUGUCAGGGUUGAUGAGGAUCGUCCAACUUUCCGACCCGGUAGUCUGAAUUUCCAAAUUCAGACUACCAAGUACAACUGGAAUGCAUUGUUAUUAUAUUAAAAAACAAUAUAAGUCUACCGCUAAUAAAGAGCUAAAUUCUCUGCCCAAAGUAACCUAACUUUUUUUCUUCUUGUUUUGUUCUUUCCUUUAGUCUCCCAGUCCAACAGCAGCCUAAAGAAGCACCGCAGCCGGAGCAUUUUCAGCCCCUUCUUCUGCUGCUUCCGAAACUACAAUGACUACCAUGUGGAGCCACCACCCGCCAACAACAAGACACUUUCUCUGCCCCCACCGCCAGAGGAGAAUGGCAGCCCUCCCAAGGUGAGGCUCCACAUCAUACUUGGUCACAGUCCAAAUUACACACCAUUUGAAUCCACAUGGCUGAAAAAAAAAGCCUUUUGGGGGAUUGGUUAACGUAUGACAGACAUCCCAGCUUGAGUAAAGAGGUCCAGUAACAAGUAACAUUUGUUUGGUUUUGUUACGGAGAGCUUGUUAGGGGGUUUGCCUUCCCCUGUAGAGAGCCUCACCGAGCUCCCUCCACAAAUUUUUCCAGCUGCUUCAAACCCGCUGAACCCAGAGGUUGUUUACCAUCCACUGCUUGAAAAUACGGGCUCGCUUCCCAUCUUGCAUUCUUCGAUAUCUGCCUACGCACACAACCGCACACACAAAACACACACACGUUUUCUAUAACUACUUGCACACUCCAAUAGCAGCACGUGUACACACAUUUACUGCUUGCUUCUUUAAUCCCAAUAAAGUGGGCCUUAUGUGUUUCCAGUGUGAUGGAUUACCUGGCACACAUGCCUGCCCCCUCUUCUCACACACACAUACUCACAUACACACACACACUCACUCACUCCAGCCAGUGUAGUGGGGACGUGCAAAGCGAAUGUUCUGACUGUGGAAAAAGGCGCCAAAACCAGAGGUCCUCCACAAACAUGACAUUCUGCUGCCAAGGCAGGUACUCAGGGCUAAAAAUGGAGCAAAAUCGUGUCACAUAUCUACUCCUGUUUACCUGCAAAUGUCUCAUUCAGGAGAGGAAUGUGUGUUUCUUUACAGACAGUGUACAUGCGGCCAGUGCCGACCUAUUUCAGACCCACUUUCUCAGAAAAUGAGUCAAAUUAAUCAAGAGCAAACCUGACGAACUCUGCUAUAAAAAGGCAUGUAAUAGUGCAACGCCGAUUUUCAGGCUGGGUCUAUGCCACAGUCCUUCCCAGCACUGUUCUGUUGCUGAAUUUCUGGGCAUCCGUGUUUGUUACUAUGGCAGCUCUGUUUGUUUUCGAGCGAGUUGUUCUCACUUUCUCUCACAGUGUGUCUCCUUUUCUCUGUCUCCUUCUCUUUCUUUUUCCUCCCUGUGCAUUUCUUGACUCCACUAUUGAUGUUUUCAAAGAUUUUUCUUAAACGUUCCUGCUUCUAUCUCAGUUUUUUUCCACCGUGUCCCUCUCACUCUUUCUCUCUUUUUUUCUCUCUCUGUUUGUUUUCUCCAGUGUGACCAGGUCCAGGUCAUCCCUAUCCCCAGUGUAUGUAUUAUUAUUAUUGUUCAUUUUUCUUCCUCUGCGCUCCAUCGCUGUUACCUCCUCCUCUCCUCCGUUUGCUGUGCUUCAUCAUUCUUGCCGCAUGUGGAUGUUGACACGGAGGUGAUUGUUCUCUGCCCUCAAAGCACUGAAAAUCAUGAAGCCUUCAGUGUUUGGCUUGGUUUUUCUUACCCUUACCCUCAGUCUGCAGAGAGAGGUUCUACCAAUCCAUUUAUUCUGGUUGGAUUUCAUUGAUGGCUUUGACUUUCUGCCCGUUUGUCCCGUGUUUUACCAGAACAGAACAUGAGAUUGAUUUUCUUAUUGGAUCAGAUUUAUUGAAUUGUACACCAGACCUUUUAAGUCGCAGUUUCGAUUCACAAAUGGAUGAAUUGUCUCGAUCGAAUUAGGUAUUUGUCCACUUAGAGAAAGGUAACUUCUCGAUCAUGCCCUCAGUAGUCAAUGAAGUACUGCGACUCUAUUAAGAUGGACGUCAUCAGACAUUCAAAAAGCUGAAUUUAUGUGUUUGUGCUGAAACUGCAAUUCAAUUGAGCUAUUUUGGAAUCCUAUUUGGAGCCUGUGGUUCGCUGUAAUUUAGAAUAUUCACACUCACAGCAUCCCACAUCGCAGCCAAGCUUCUAACUACACCACCCAGCAGACACCUCCCUUCAAAGGCUGUAAUUGCAUGUUGAGAUGAGGCCUGCUGCAUUUUUUUUUAAAUACCUGGGAUUUAAAUAACUUGAGCUGACCCGGGCAUUUUUCCUGUGCGUCACUAUUUGUUAGGAAGUGUUAGGAGCAUCAUUAAAAAGUGGACCACCGAUGGGGCACUACAGCAAUUAUAUAAUAACAGAAAGAGAGAGAGAGGGAGAGAAAUAACCAAAAGACUCUUCUGGAACACUUUCUACUCUGAAUUGAUCUGCAUUGUAAAGUCUUGUAGUUUCGUCUUUGGUUUUACAAAAAUAAUCUGUUAACACGACAGUUUUGGAUUAAAAAAGUCCUCGUACAGGGCUGAUGGGAUUAUUUUACUGUAUAUUACAAUAAUGAGUUUAUGAAGUCCUGCUGAGGUGGCCGUUGUAUCGUGUGUGCACAUGAUAUAAUGCGUUGUUUGGCUUGUAUACUCUCCCUUUAGAGAUUGGCAUAAACUUUCUAUUUAAAAACAUUUUUAGGUCUCUUUGUGGUUCAUAAGCAAAAGAAAAACCUCGAUUAAAGGAAGUGAUAGUUUAGCCAAAAGCGAAGAAUUUAACUGCUGGUUUCUGCAACCAUUCAGCACUUUAGUAGAUCAGGUUGUCCUGUUCACUGUCGGUAUCAUCACACAUAACAGCUACACCAAAAAUUUAAAACAAAGUCAACGUAUUUUAGUAGAGUUUCUUGAAAAUCAACACAACAUGGGGUGCAUUCCUCAACUUUCGCCCUGUGCAGUUACGUCAGUGAAAUAUCGGUUACAAUGCAAUGCUCUAAAAAUGUGUCAUAAACUGCAAUUGAUCAAUCAAAGCCAAUUGGCAAAUAAUGGAAUUUAAUAAAGAAGGGUCAUUAAUAUUUCUGCUUAAGGUUGUAUGCAGUUAUAGUAACAGAUAUAAUCACUUUUUAACAGGAUACAUUUUUUUUUAUUGAAGAAGAAAUUUCAUGAAAUUUCCGUAACUUAUAUCACUGUUUUCAUCAAAUUAAAGAAGAAAUGUAUAUUGAAAACAUUUGCAGUAUCAUAAAUAUUUUUUUGUACUUAGAUCUUAAUAUUAAGUCAUUUUCUGCUGUUUUUCUUUCAUGAACUUCAAUCAAUAACAAAUAUUGUGCAACUUGAUUUUUUAUAGUAAUGUUUUUUUGGCUCUAAAAAUGGAAAAAUAUGAACACACUUUUAAAAUGUAUUUCACACUGGUUUAUAUCGUCAUUUCACAUGAAUAUUCUAAUGGUUUAUGUAAACUAGGCAAAAUUAAACCCUUUAGGAGGAAAACUGAAUUGAAUAUGUUGAUUUAUAAAUUUUUUUUGUGGGUUUACAAUUAGAGAUAGGUUGAUGAAUCAGUCAACCAAUUAAGGGGGCUAGUUAAAGACAUGUUGUUAUAACCUUACAGGGCCGAUAUCACAAAGUUCUUUUGAAAACCUAUUUUCCAAAUCCUCCGGUGACAGCUAAUCAAACUAAAAACAGACCCUUACAGGUGAUUUCAACAUCAUGUCUUUUUUUUCUAUUUUAACCGCAAAAUGUAAUUUGUAUUUUUUUCUUGAUUCAAAUAAUCUGAGAUGGCUUGAUAAAAAAUCUAAAAGUCCCUUGUGUCAAUAUUUUACUGAGUCAAAUACUUUUAAAUUUGAUUUAUUUAUUGAAAUAUUCACUCAAUUCUGUACUUCUUUUCCUACAUACAAAUUAAUAAUAAAAAAUCCCCCCCCAAAAAAAAAUAAAAAAAAAUAAAAAAUACAAGGACAACCAAAUAAAAAAAGAGCUUUAAGAUAUCUGUAUUAUAAAUCAGUAUUAGCCAUUCAUGCCCUCAAAUUAACCACCACAAAAAGUUAGAUCCAGUGUUAGAUUCAAAUCUGUCAUUUUUUCCAUAAAUCAAGGGUUAUUAAAUAAAAAGUCAUGAUUCAAAGAGACAACAGAGAUAGCACCCUCUAGCUGUAGUAAUCUUUGUGUAGUUUUUAUGGUUAAAAUGUCAAGGUCCCAGUCAAUUUUUCUCUCUUUGCUUAACCCGCAUAAGUAAAUCACAUUGAUCACAGCCUGACAGGAUGUUACUAAGUGUCCUUGCUCCCAGGGAAUACAUCAGUAUGUGUACCAGAGAUAAAGACCUGAUAAGUACAGUUAGAGGGAAACACAUGAAAUCAUAUAUAUAUAUGUGCAGGAAACAGCUGACAUACUAAGGAGAAACACAGUGUGUGUGGUCGUGUGUGUAAGAGUGAUGGAGACCUUGCUUCUCACCUCUAGAUUGAUCUAUGUGUGUGUGACUGUGUGUGAGUGUGUGCCCCCUACUGCCACACCAUCUGCCCCUUGCCUGUCUGCAACCCCAGGCCUGCUUGGCAAAGGACAUAAGCGUUUCCCUUUUUUUUCUCCCCCUGACCCUGAAGGCAGCGCAGUCGAUGGCAGAGCUCAGUCAACAUGAGGUCAAACAGGAAACAACAGCAGGGAUUCCUCUGGUCAAACCACAAAUAGAGCUGACACGGUACAAGAACAGAUUAGCUGUUUGUUUUUCUACCGCAAGGGAGUCUGAUCGGUCUCUACUUGGGGAACACUGACGCCCCUUUCAAAAUUCAGGAGGAGAAGGUCAUAACUUUUAACACUGUUGCUGCCGUCACUACCUUAGUUAGUCUUGAGCUGUCACUAACUUAGAGAUGUACUCACCAGUUUUACAACAUUCAAUUUUACAAUAUCCUUAUAAUAACCUCUGACAUGUGUCUAUUAAGACAAAUAUGAAUAGAUCUAAACUUUAUUCUCUAUUACAGAACAUCUAGUGCUGAAAACAGAAUGGUUAAUAUUGAUAAUAGUGAAUUUUGCCCCUUUACAUGAGUAAUGUUAUGAGCCACACAAAUUUGAAAUCAGUUCAGCUCUAACUUUGUGGUGGAUGGACUGUUUUAUGACCCUUUUUGGCGGACAUGUGGAUAUUUACAAAACUCAGCGAUAGAAAACAGACUACGAGAGGAAAAUGCAUAAUGACUACGCUGUUAAUAUUUUCAAUAAUUGUUGAAUUUAAUAAAUCUAAAGAAAAGAGAGGGGUACUUGAACACAGAAUCACUCACACAGAGCACAUGAAAGUCACAUUACCAUUUUUUUGGGUGUCCUAUCUCUCAGUCAAGCCUCACAGUAACUCACCUUAAAGUUAUCAGUACCAUGAAGUUAGAAGUUUCAAGUUUCAAGUCCAACGAUCUUUACAAAGCCAUCAUCACACUCCGUGUAUGUGCGUAUGUGAAUGUGUGUGGGUGUUGUGCAACAUGUUUCCUGUAGUGAAACUGUGUGCAUGAUAUUCAUAAGGAUGUGUUUUGUCUUUUCAGCCUCCUGCCAAGUUCCUCCUGCCAGAGGUCAGUAUAGCAGACUACGGCAAGAACUGUGUGGUGAUCGACCUGGACGAAACCCUCGUACACAGCUCAUUUAAGGUAGUUUACACACACACACACACACACACACAUCCAUGUACACAUUUUGAUUUUAAGACCAUGUGGUUUUUUUUAUGUAUUUGUUUUCCAUAGCUCUUGUGGGAUAACAGGAUUAUGCCAAAACAAACCCUGAAGAAGCCGUUCUCUGCCUUGAAUGUGUUUGCGAUGGCGUGGUGAAAAAUAGCAUGUUAUGCCACAGAGCUUUGUCAGUGUCACUGAUGUACGUAUGCAAUGCCAGGAAAGAAUAAUUCUGAGGGUGUUUUGUUUUGAUACAUCUGUCACAAGCGGAGAAAGCGAAAGCGACAUAUAAAUAUUAAACCAAGGUGGUAGCAUGGCAACCGGUACGUCCUCACCAGCUGUGAAAAUCAUGUAAUUCUUCAGCGUUUCUAUAUCCAGUUGUUUAGCAUGAGGUGUCGUAUCAUCUCUUUUGGGAAAACAGCCAUAAAGCUUUCACCACAAACACCCACUAUAGGAGUCUACCUAUAGAAUCAAGCCGAAAUCAUCAACACAUAAUAACUAUAACUGACAGGUCUACAUACUGUUACAGCUCUCCUGUAGUUGUCAAGAUACACUUGAGUGUAGCGGUGUAGGAGAGGGUAGAGAAACAGUGAUUUCCUUUCAGCUAGCUGUGCUGCUGGCUAAGAAGUCAGGUACAUUUAAUUCUCUUGGGGUUUUUAUGACACUUGUGUACAGUAGCAGAGUUAUUUCAGGACAUGAGUUUUGUAAGAAGCGGGGAAGUCUUAUACUGAUUUUCUUUUAAGGUGCACCAUACAUUCUCUGUGGGAUUUGGUUGCGUUGAUCAUGCUGGGUAAUUAGCUCACAUAAACUGACAACUAUGAAACCUGAAUAGGUGCAAUUAUCAAUAAUCAUGUUGCAAAUAGACAAAACUUUACCUCUCUUUUUUCCCUUCAAUGACACACCUGGUAGACCUAGUGACCCCCUUCAGCGCAGAGAGGGCCUCAGCUCCAGCUGAUCUCAUUAUGCUUGUUUGUUACUGUACCUGUGUGCCUUUUGUCUGCAGUUUAAGUGCUGCUCAGAUGAGAACGCCUCAGAAAUUCGUGACAAAAUGAAGCUAAAAAAUCAUUGCAUGUUUUGCUCAUCUUACUCAGAAGUGAAAUUGAAAAAAACUGAUCAGAAACAUUCAGUUGUUUUUUUACAGUGAGGAAUAAGUUCAUAAGAAAAAAUGUACACACACACACACACACACACACACACACACACACACACACACACACACACACACACACACACACACUGUUGGACCCACCCAUCACAGUCACAUGCCAGCAGUACGAGGCCACACACACACAUACUCCUUCAAGGGUGUGUCCGUUAUAGUGUACUGUUGCUUCAGUGACUCUGGACUGAAUUUCACAGAAAACCUGGAUGUGUUCUCUCCUGACAAAACAAAUCAGAAACUCUCACAGGAACUCCUUUUCUUCCUUUUGAUGAAAACCCCGUUACAGCCCAUCAAAAUGCGUUUAUUAGAGGGAUCGGUAUGCGCUAUGAAACGGAUCCAGGCAAUGCAAUAAAUAAAAAUCAGUUGGGAGAGGAAGAGAGGCAAACAGAAAGUGACACACCAAGCAUUUUCAGUUCCGUUCAGAGCUUUGGCAGGAUAUCCUCUGAAUUAUUACUUUUUUUUUAAUAAUACCAAAGAGGUUAGGAGGUAAAUUUGGUUCAAAACAUGCAGGCCUUUAAUGGUAAAAUAUCUACUUAACUGUAUGAAUUAGACAAUUAGUGCAGAAGAACCAUCAGGGCUGAUGAAGGACAUCAUGCGCACAAAUGGACAUAGACUUCAAAACACAAAUGUUACAUAACAUGUCUCGCACUAUAUGUUUAAUCCUGUGAGUGACGGUUGAAAAAACAAUUCCUGAGACUAGGAUUAGAUCUACUGUGCUUCGGAUGAGUACAAGUGGAUGAUAUGAUUGCUUCUGCUGCACAGUAAUACAUGCUAAUCGGUAUAUUAAACUCUUGUAAGAACAGUUUUUAUAGUGAAUGGUGCCUCAGAAAACAAAUAUUUGAGAUUAAAGCUCCUGUAAGGAAUUUUUGUCUUGUGAUUUAAGACUGAAAAUAAUCCUGAUGUCUUCUUGUGUCCUACAAAAGCAGAAAAGACUAUCAACAAAAUACUGACUGUUUCUAUAACAUAGUUUCUUGAUGUCAGACGAAGUGUUUGACUGAUACAGAAUUCAAUCACAUUCAUUUUCACACCUACAGGACAAAGCCAAAAACUUUGUCCACAAGGGGGCGCCAAAACCAACACAACCAUAAUAUUCCUCAUGGGAGCUUUAAUGAUCAUUUCAGUCUAAAACAAUUGGUGUUUUUUUUUUAUUCUGAACAGCGUUCACUUUGUUAUUCUUUUACAGUAAACCAUUUGACGUAUCUGCUUUGGCAAUGUCUUUUUAGAUCUGGCGUCUGUAAUAGAAUAAAGAGGAUAUGUACUGACAUUUCUUUGCACAAGGACAUGCCCACUGAGCGGCAAAACACCCUGCAACAUGGCUCCCUUUAGUAGGGGAAACAAAAAGGGGAGUGAAACAGACAACUAUCUGUUUGUAUUCAGGGUCCUUUAAUGCAACUGAGAUCCAAGACACUGUGGACAUUGACAGGUGGUCAGAAACUAGGUGUAUGUGUUCCUGAUUUCACAGCUUGAGAAGCAUUGAAGAAAUACAAAAGCCUGUUUGGAUCAGCAGUUGAGGCAAAACUGAAUGAGGAUGUGAAAAUAAAUUGCGUUCAGCUACAAAUGACAAUGUUUUUGCCAUUUUGAGACAAACUUUGCACAUAUUAAAAUUCAAAAUACUUUAUUUGGUUAACAGUCUUCCUUCAUUUCUCUCGAACAUUCAUUCUCAGAUCCUGGUCCAUUACAGAGCAGCACCAGGAGCAGCUGUUGUAUGCUUAGUCCUCCAAUGAUGAUUUCAAUGAUUCUGCAGAAAAGAGCAAUAGGAUGAUGCCAAGUCUGUCUCUGCAUCUCUUCCUCCAUCUGUCUCCUCAUCUUCCUCUUCUCCUCGCCUCCCUGCCAGUCACUAAUUUGUCUGUUCUUGAAUAUCUGCACUACAGUCUUUAGCUCCACUAACCAGAGCUCAAUUAUGUUGCAAACCUGAUUUCUACAGACUCCCUCUCGUCUGAGGGAGUCUGUCGGCUUUGAGCGUGAACCGACUCACUCUUCAUCGUACUCAAAACCAAACAUCUGUAGUACAGUCUGUCUGUUGUUCUGCUGUCAGCACCAUUAUGGUCAUACAAGAUAAAUUACACAGGUGGCAAGUGGAAGGUCAAAGUGCUGUCUGUGUUUGGUAUUCUUGCAGCAAACACCCCCUCUGUUGGAUGGAAUUGAAAUUUACUGCUGUGUUUUCAUGCUGGAGGAUAAAGCAUUGAAUUUACUCAUAUCACUGCAGACAGAAGAAGGGUUAUAUUCAAGAACAAGAUCAGCUGCUCUGACAUUAGUUUCAUCACAAUAUCUCUUUAUACUUUUUAGUUAAGGAGUUUCACUGACAUUUACAAAACAAGGUGGUUUGUGUUUGCAAAUUAAUAUAGGGAAGUGUAUUGAACUCCUAAAGCCCCUUGUCCUUUCAGAGGGAAAGUUGCAGCACUUGUAGAGAUUUUUGAUCUCUUCAGUCGUCACUACUUCAAAUCUAAGCUCUGUAAUUAAUACACCGGCACCAUGGAGGAAAGGUGUUGCAGAUUUACCUGGAUUUUUGAAUAUUUAUGGAUGAAUUACAGCUAAUAAUGCAUACUUAUUUUAUCUGUUUGUAUAAAUUAUCCAAACAAGUGACUGCUUAAAACAUUUCUGUAUGCAACAUAAAACUCACAGAAACACUUUGCAGUCUGUGUCGCUUAUUUUUCUUUUUCUCCGUUUCCAAAAUGACACCGUCGUACCACCCACCUAAUCCUUUCAUCCUUGUCUUUACGCCCUCCACUUGUCUUCCACCCACAACCCUUCGGCGUCUAUCUUCCUCUACCUCCUGCACCUCUCCUCUCCUCUUUCCUGCUUCUAAAGAUGACACAAGUCAUGCCAAGAAAACGGGGGCGCUCCUCCUGUUCCUGUUCACGUCAGUCACCUUGUUCGUCUCCCAGCUUUCUCCCCAGAGUCUCACUUCUGAAUUUUACUUAACACUCAGUUACAGAGCAGUGGAGCAGAGGGAGCCACAUUUUGCUUAAAGACUCCUUACAUUGCCUGGGGGAACUGAACAGGAGUAUUUUACCUUUUCUGUUUCUGUGUUGAUUUUUGUCUGGCAGAACAUGUUGGUGUGAGUUGUAGCCACUUUCUUGCCCUAUUUAGAGCCAAAAAAACUAAACAAAACACAGAUUUUAUAACCUGUCUCUGUUUCUCCCUCCUUGCAGCCUAUCAGCAAUGCAGACUUCAUCGUUCCAGUGGAGAUUGAUGGGACAGUUCAUCAGGUAAAACUCUGCAAUGAAGGACUUCCUGAAAAGUUGAUUGGAAAUAAACACAGUGUACUUAUUUACUAACUGAAAAGGUUUCUUCUAGAAGUAGUGACUCCAUUUUCUUUCUUUUUGCAUUUAUUAUUCUCUUAUAUCAAACAGCUUCAUCAAAGUGGGGCAGCUCAUACUCUCCCCCUUGAAUACAGUGUUUUCUGUUUAUUCUCUGACUUCUCGUGCUUUAAAGAUAGAUGAGCCACAAUCUGACUGAGUCAUUAAGUAAACAUAUGUCUAAAAGUAUCUGGAACACAGAGGAAAAAACGAUUAAUCAGUCGGCUAAUUAUUGGUAUUUUGAAAUAAUUAGGAUCAUCCACAUCAGGUCUCACAAGAGUGAUCACGUCACCAUCAUCCUCUCUGAGUGUUACCACAUUUUGUGUUAUGAAUAUUAGUGAUGUGACAAGAAAUGUUUUGCUGUUAUUUUGUUGUGUGUGUUAAAGCUCCUGUAAGGAACUUUUUAUUUGUGUUGAUUCUGGCGCCCCCAGUGGACAAAUUAGUUGCCCCUGUAUCUUUACAGAUUUUGUCUUGUACAUGUACAAUGCAUAUUUUUAACGAAAAAUUUCCUGUUUAAUUCAAACACUCAGAUGUCACACGUUAUUAAUCUUUCAAUAAAGACACCUGAACCUGUGGAUUCAGAUGUUGAAAUAAUUAGAAGAAUUGCAUCGCUAUAUUGAUAAUCUUCACAUUUUAAUGGGAAGAAGUCAUCAGCAGUGAUUUUGAUGUGUCUCAUAACCAGCUGAAAAGUCCUCACAGAAGCACAAGUCAAAGGUUUAUUUAUGAAUUGUGUGUCCUCUUUUGGAUCGGCAGCUGCGAUACUCUAGCUGUGACCAAGUUCAAGUAAUCCAGGAUAGGCUUUCUGUAUCUGUCUCGGCCUAUGCUUGAUUACUUGCUCUUGAUUGCAGCGACUGACCCUCCCAGAGAGCUGCUGAAGAGGAUGAAAACAAAGAGAAUGCACAAUCACAUUGUCUGUGGUUUUGGGGAAGGGUGCAGAACUCUUUUUUUUCUUCUUAGCCUAGGUGUGAAAAUUCAACAUCAACAGUAAGGAAGGAAGCUUUGCACGAACAUUGCCUGAAUAUUUAUAACACGUUCAGGUUAAAAUGUAUGAUAAACAGCUUUAACUUGCUUUAAUACCUUGAGUCUCAGUUGACAUUUGCUGAGGUAACAGAUGGUUGUUACAGGUAAAAAGUGUGAGACUGAGGCGUCUUUGUGCGCUCUGUUUCAGGUGUACGUGCUGAAGAGGCCACACGUGGAUGAGUUCCUCCAGAAGAUGGGGGAGCUCUUUGAAUGUGUCCUCUUCACAGCUAGCUUAGCCAAGGUCAGUUCACUCAUUAUAACACUAAGUCAACAGGGUAACAUUUACUUUCAGCACACCGUGUAAAUCUGAUACUUUUGAUACACACAGUAUGCUGACCCUGUGGCAGACCUGCUGGACCAGUGGGGGGUGUUUCGCGCCCGGCUCUUCAGGGAAUCCUGUGUUUUCCACAGAGGAAACUACGUCAAAGACCUCAGCCGGCUGGGCCGAGAGCUCAGUAAAGUCAUCAUCAUAGACAACUCACCUGCCUCCUAUAUCUUCCACCCUGAGAAUGCAGUAAGUCUGCUGCUGAACUGUGCAUUUUUAAUGAGUAGUUUUUUCAAAUCUGUAAUUUUACCUCUUACUUAAGUUUUUUACUCAAGACUAAAAGGUGGAGAAGUUGUUCUAUUGACUUAAUUUAGAACAUGUACAGUUUGACUACAAGCUAAUUUAUAGAUCCAUGAUUGAUUAUGAUAUUGUGUCAAUAUAUACUCAUUGGUUGCUUGAGGAAUUCAAAGGCUAUGAGAACAAAAGAAUGAGAGCUUGUAAUAAACCUCAAAGUUCUCCAAAAGGCUUCAUUUGUACCUCAGAAAAACAAAAAUAUUCCUUUGGGAGAGAAUACUGACGAAUAAUUCCCCCCCCAUCUCUACCACCUACAUGUUUGUUUUGCAUCUCGUCAUAUUUGCUCUUAUACUCAGGAGUAUCUACUCUCAGUGUAACAGCUGGCAAAUUUGUAGACACAGAAUUUACUGUGCCAAAAGAUAUGUCUUUUCAGUCCCUGUAGAAAGAGGAACACACAUGCCCCUGCUCAAAUGAAAAAAAUAUAAAAAAUCACAAGAAUGGUAGAAAUAUACUCAUAUCACAAUCACAAUAUUUUUUCUCAUAUCAGUCGACAUCGAUAUAUAUUACGAUAUAAAAAGGGACAUUUAACAGUGUUUAUUUGUAGCAUGUCCUCUGCAAUACAAGUUUGUAACCAUUUGUAUUGCGUGUGCUCUGCUGUGUGGCACUGCUUCAGGUGGUGAAAAAGAUUGAAGUUAUUCCCUGACUUUGUGAGAACAUGUACUCGACAUAAUUCGCAGUGCACAUUACUCCGCUUCAUGUCCAACCUCAAAAAAUUAAAAUACCUCCACACCACCGACAUUUUCCUGCCAGUGUUGUCGAGGAUGUCGUCAUCUGUUGAGCCUUCAUCUGCAUUUCUGUAGCUGCAGCCUGCUACUAUGCAGUUGUUUGCUAUUUGGCUCUAAUUCAGCACAUGAUUGGUUCAGUGCAAAGCGGACCCAACUCCCCUUUAUCAUUGGCUAUUCGUAUAGUCCACCAAAACAUGGCAGAAUGCCAACUAUCGAAAAGCAUAUUGACCAUGUUUUAUAUUGAUUUUAAGGGAAAUUAAUUUUCAAUUUAUAUCGUCAUCGUUUUAUCGCCCAGCCCUAUCAUAGAUUUGAGCUGUCAGCCACAGACAUGUAAACUGCAAGCUACACUCUGAUAUUUAUCAGUAUGAGCUGUCCUUCAACUUUAACACUGGGUAGGCUGUGACUUACUGAAAACAGUGAAAAGAUGCUACAAAAACAUUCAACUUCACUGUAAGAAGUGCAAAAUAACUCCAGGAUGUCAAAAUCAAUCUACAAGAAGAUAAUUCUGCACAUAAAACGUAGAUUUUUCCUGUUAUGAUGAGAUUACAUGUUUUGGUUAAAAGAGAGUCAGAAUGCAGAAAAAAAAGUCAGUGAUAUUAUUAAUUGUACAUUGGUGGUAAAUUAUUGUAUUUGUUAGACAACAGUUCAAAUCUGCACUAUUGACUCUGUUGCAGUGCUGUGCCAAGAGUAGUGUUCCCAUUUCAGUGAGAUUUCUCUCCUUUGUGCUGCAGUUUCUCAGUGGAGCUGCUGCCACUCUUCAAGCCUUUGAUGCAUUUCCCACAUUAAUUAUUUACACAAAACUCGCACCAUCCCGUCACCUAUAAUGCAACACUUUAAACAUCCACUGUCAGCUGUGUUUUCCCUCCUAAUUAAAGCAUCUUGAUCGAGGUUUUUCUCACUCUAUCAUUUGCGUUUCUCUCCCCGAGGUCCCAGUGCAGUCGUGGUUUGACGACAUGACAGACACAGAGCUGCUGGACCUGAUUCCCAUGUUUGAGGGACUCAGUAAGGAGGAGGAUGUUUACAGCCUGCUACAAAGCCUGAGGAACAGGUAGCAGACGGCAGCUGCAGCUGAUCCUUCCUGCCUCGCACCCCGACCCUGCUGCACAGGGGCCACACCCUACUACCGCAGGCCCUGCAGCCCUGAGCUCCGACCAGACCAGGAGUCACAGUAGGGCCCUCGAUCUGGGGACUUCAGGCAACUUUUCUGGUCCUAAUGAAAUCUAGAGACAGUAACUGAUCUCUGCGUUCUCGGACUGUUUGUACAGGACUCCUACUGACAAAAGAUUAUAUUACUGUAUGUACAUACUAUAUGUUUCUAAGAGCAAGACAUACAUAAAGUAAUUUUUCUAUCAGAGAGAGGAGGUUUUACUAUUCUAUCAAGUAAUAUUUUAGUUACCAAAAAUAAACAAAUAGAACGAAAAGUUUCUUUUUCAAGAAUGAGUGACCUUUUGUUCUGUUUUUGUUUUUUUGUGUCGAGCUGUGCUAUGCAGGCUGUCGUUUCUUGUCUGACCUUUCGUUCAAACAACUGUGAUUUACCUUCUCUUACAGAAUGAAGUGCCUUCAUUACUGUGCUGAUUUUGUUGUGUCGGGGUUAUGGGGUGCGCAUUUUGAUGCUGCAUAUUCACUUAAAUUUCCAAGAGCGUCUGAACUGAACCCUUGAAUUCAAGUUAAAGAUAAGUCUUUGAUAAUUGUGAUUUAAACUAUAAAGAAAAGUAUCAUUUCUAAAAAAAAAUAGAGCUAGCCUGUUGGACCCGGAGGAGACUUUGAUUCUAAGUUUGAUUACAUUGAAUUGUGAAACUUACCAAAGAUUUUCAAAUUCAAUGUGAUUCGUGAUUGAAUUCUUAUUAAUUCUUUGAUUCUUGACAGUGGCUGUAAAUCGAUAAUCCCUAAAGACAUUAAACCCCGCUUUAUUACUGAAAAGAGAAACCUUUGUGAUGAUAUCACUGUCCACCAAUAAAUGUUAAACUUUUAAAGAAAAUAUAAAGAUUAGCUUAGAUCACAUGAAAUUAUAUUUAUUGGGGAAAAUGGGGAAGGGUGCAUUGUAAAGACUGCUGUUGAAAUCGUACUGUACAACAUUAUUAAAGUUGCAGGUUUGCACACUGUCAGUUUGUA